AUGGCUUCCGAUGCGGCAAGUGGUAUGGCCUAUUUGGAAUCUAAAAAUUGUUUGCAUCGCGAUCUAGCUGCUCGAAACUGUCUGGUUUCCGAAACGGGUCGGUUGAAAAUUGCUGACUUUGGCAUGUCUCGCGAGGAGAACAUCUACGAGCUGAGCGAUCGACGCGGUCAAAUCCCCAUCAAAUGGACAGCACCCGAGGCCCUCGCCACUGGACGGUACACCAUCAAGUGUGAUGUUUGGUCCUACGGUGUGUUGUUAUGGGAAAUAUUCAGUUACGGGGAUGUGCCCUAUCGAUUCUGGUCCAAUCCCCAAACACGUGAAAUGGUUGAAUCAGUCGCUGGUCUGUUGGCAUCAGGUACACCUGUUUGUUUUUCUCAUUGUCUGUUCUUGUUCAUUGGUUCAUGA